AAGCCAGAUGUUAAACCUAGCGACACACAGGCCACUGGCACACCUUUCACCCCUACCCGUCUGGCAGGGCCAGCUCCUAUCAGGUCCAAGUCUAGUCGGACUGCUGCCGCUGGCUCUUCGUCUACACCUCCUUUUCCUUCCACCCCUGCUGCACCUGGCGGGCAUCUGCAUCAACCCUUGUCCGUCUCAAAUUCCAGCCGUAACCCUCCCACACGAACUGUGGACACCAAUGAUCCCGAGUUGAUCAUCGAGUACUUGGCGUUACUCCAUGGUCGAUCACUCCGCGUGAUCGCUCGACACUCGGAUGUUGAGUACCAGGACAAGUGUCCGGAAUCCCUCAAUAUGGAUCAGUCACUUCAUAAGCGCAUAAGAACACUCGUCGAUUCCCUCGUGUAUAUAAUUACAACCCAUCCUAGCAACGUCGCUGCUGUUGCUAUCUCUACGACUCCAAACACCUCAACCACUUCGCUUGUGACCAAAGUAUACUUUACGUUCAAUCAGACGACUGAUAUUAUUCUACAAGGGGCAAAGCAGCAUCUCAGCAGUCUUCUCGAUUACCUUCAAGGUUGUGUCGAUCCAAGCACCCUCUCCUCACCAUGGGCUUUCCCCACUGACGCCACCUCCCAAGUGAUCACGCUUGUCCAUCGCCUUCAUAAGUUUGGGUUUGAGGCUUUCAAGGCCAAAGUCAAGAAGGGGGUGCAAAAAUCCUAUCAAGACAUACUCGGUGCCAUAUUAGACAAACCUACCAAGGCCACCAAUUGGGCGUCGAAAUACAUGGACGUGUGGUGA